AUGGCCUCCUCGUCAGAGAACACGGGCACGCCGCUGGAGGAGGAGCAGCCCCAGGCCCCACCGACGCCGAACCCAGAGCCUACCGAGGCGGCGGCGCCCGACGAGGCGGAGGAGGAGCCGCAAACCCUAGAGCGACCGCAGGAGCUCUUCGACAGGGGCGCCAAGGCCAUCGAGGACAAGGACUUCGUCGAAGCCGUAGACUGCCUCAGCCAAGCGCUCGAGAUCAGGACUUCACAUUAUGGAGAGCUCGCGUUGGAGUGUGCCAGCACAUACUUCAAAUAUCCACGUGAAGCAGAGAAAAUAUUUGUUCCAAAGGCCUUUAGCAAGAUUCAGAAUCUAGAGACAAGUGAUUUUAAGGACAAGUGCUAUGGUUUUUUUUUUUUUUGCUACACAUACAACCUGCAAGCUUGGGCCUUCCAGCGGCACUUUAACUGCUUUAGCUACACAAUAGUGAAUGGCAAGGUUGAAAUUGCAUUGUUGGAGAUGUCUAACAUCUGUAGAAAUUGCAGGUUCCCUAUUUCAUCGGGGAGGAGACAAAUCUUUGUGGAACGUAGUCCUAGGCACCUCAAGUCAACUAACUUCCCAAUACCGCAAUUAUCAAGAAGCUUAGUGAUAAAUGAUGAAGAAGUGAAGGACGGGUUAAUUGAAGAAUUGAAAACUGUAAACUUGAGCAAAUUUGUCAGUGAAGCAGUUUCUUACAUUUGUGCUGCUAAGCUUCGUUCUACUGACAUACAAGCUGCAGUUCAGUUGCAAUCACUACUUUUAGUAGCACAAGGCACAUGCUUCCACAACCAGAUUGGCUUGGAUGGUUUUGGAGGAUGUUCUUUGUCUCUAGAGGAAGUAGAUGUGAUCGGUGUAGUUUUCAGAAAAAGAUCUAUCAGAGCAAAACUCUUAGAAAUGUUGCCUAUUGUUAUUGUGUGUCCCAACGGCCCAGGAGCCCAAUACCCUACCGCCGGCGUCGAAGAUGAGGAGCUUGCCAGCCUUAGGGUUCGGGGGUCAGGGGGUCCAAUCACCGACGGCUAUACAAAGGGGUUUGGGGGCGACCGUCGCGACACGACAAUGGUGGCGCCCGAGACAGCGGUUGGGCAGGGCAGCGGGGGCGCAGCCCGCCUGGGAGGUGGGAGAGGGCAGUUGGGAGGGGCUGGCGGCGGGUUCACCACCACGGGAGUAGUCUACGGUGGCUCUGUCAUUAGGGGAGGGCAGGGUCGAAGAGCGAUGGUGGGAGGUGGGCGGCGCGACGAAGCCGCCGGUGGAGAGAGUAGAAGCCCGGGUGCGGCGGUGCCAGAACCGGCAGGGCGGGGGCAGCAGUAG